AUGCUGCUACUGACUGUCCUCGCCUUGUGUUGUGCGAUAAUCGUGCAGGCUCGCUCACAUCUUGGACGCACUGCCAAGGUCGUCGAUGCGAGGCAGUUCACCAAUGAGACGACCUAUGAUUUUGUCAUCGUCGGCGGUGGUAUUGCAGGGCUUACCGUUGCAGAUCGCUUGACGGAGAAUCCAGAUGUUACUGUACUGGUCAUCGAAUAUGGCCCUUUCGACUUGAAAGAGGACGGCGUCAUGAUCCCUGGCGCAUAUUUCCCAGUACCGUACCUCUGGCUACCAUUGAUGAGUACACCACAAACCACGCUUAACAAUGCGUCGUUUGGUGUGCCAUGUGGUAGAGUUGUGGGUGGUGGGUCUGUAGUCAAUGCGAUGUUCUUCCAUCGAUCGGAUGCUGAGCUUUACAACGCGUGGGAGGAGCUGGGGGCGACGGGCUGGGGUUGGUUCGAUCUGCUUCCAUAUUUCAAGAAGAGUGAGACCUUUACAGCACCAGAUGCAGAAUAUGCGGCGCGUCAUAACAUUACGUGGGACGUCGCCAUACAUGGCUCUGACGGCCCGGUGCAAGCCAGUCAUGCUCCGUACGACUACCCAGGAAGUGCCAAUAAAUACAAUGGAGCACUAAGUUUGGGUAUCCAGCCGAGUUUGGAUCCCAACGGUGGUCGCGCCCAAGGCGUAUUCCGCCUUCUUCGCUCUAUUGAUCCUAAAAUACAAACGCGUUCUUCAGCUCGCAUCAACCGCUACGACAGGGAUGCUGUAAGACCGAACUAUCACAUCCUUCCGAAUACAGCAGUAUCGCGUGUCGUUUUCGAAAAUCUCACCGCUGUAGGUGUUGAUCAUAUUAGCACUUCCGAUGGUACGAAAGGUACUGUCCAAGCAAGCAGAGAAGUCAUUAUAGCUGCUGGAAGCGUACAUACACCACAGAUACUACAACUCUCUGGGAUUGGUGACCCAGUUCAUCUCAAGAAUCUUGGUAUCGAGCCGAUCUCCCAGCUCCCUGGCGUUGGUCGCAACCUGCAGGAUCAUCUAGUUCUGAAGGUGAAUUACAAUUACACGUCCAACCACGUUCCAAACGGUGGAUCCUUGCAGUCUAACGCUACAUAUGCCAUGGAGCAACGCGUUCUCUAUAACACGAGGAAGCCGAGCGCAUACGACCUUACUGGUACAACUGGCAAUCUAAUGAUUCAGCUGCCUCUUUCGAACUUCACAAACGCCUCCGUAUCAAUCAUGUCUAAAGCGGCUUCAAUAUCUCCUGCCGAUAUACUGGGCAAAGAUAUCGACCCAUCCAUACUCGCCGGUUACGAGAAACAGCGUGCCAUCAUAACCAAGGGCAUCAACACGGAGGCUGUGGGUGGCUUGUCAUGGAACACUGGACCAGAGACAAGUAUCUACAUGACGCGUCCUUUUAGCCGUGGAUCUAUCAAGAUAAAAUCUACUAACGUCCUCGAUGCCCCACUCAUUGACUAUGGCGCAAUCACCGAUUCGACCGAUCUUGAUAUAUUGUAUGCCAUCUAUAUGAAAAACCGGGAACUUAUGGCCACACCUGAUCUUGCUAUCCUUGGUCCUAUCGAGACAGCACCCGCGCCAGGCAUUGAAAACGAGGACGACAUCAAAGAGAGUAUCAAAGCAGCAUUGGAGCCAAGUAACGCGCAUCAAUGUUGUACGGCCGCUAUGAUGGCAAGGAAAGACGGUGGUGUUGUCGACCCGCAAAACAGAGUCUAUGGAACACGCAGGAUUAGCGUAAUAGAUGCGAGCACGUGGCCUCUUGUCGCUGGUGGUGGGCCACAGGCUAGUGUAUAUGCUGGGGCAGAGAAGGCUGCAGAUUUGAUCAAAGAGCGUCACCGAUUACUCUGA